CUGCAACAUAACAUACGGAUCCGGAAAAUAAAGCAAGUAAAACGAAAACAAAACAAAUGGAGAAGAAAAUCAGUCAAACUGGAUAGUAAACACGUAAUUAGGUGCCGAAAUGAUGUCUGACAUCGCUCGACAGCAAAAAGUUGCUUCUGCUAAAAAGAAACUGAAAAAGUUUCAAAAAGGGCGAUCUCCAGUUAAUGGACAGAUAUCACAAAAUGAAGAACUGGGAAAAGAAAUUUUAAGAGGCAUACAAAAUAAUCACAUUUUCAAAACUCCACCAUUGAUCAUAUCUAAUAACAAGACGAACCAUGAUACGCCUAAAUCCAACAGACCUAAUCAACUUCAAGUAAACCAAAAGUUAAAUUUUUCAAACAAUGAUACACCACCAUUGAGGAGUGUAUCGCCAGUUCCUAAUUAUGACAAUAACGCACAAGUUAACAAUUCAAGUGGAACGGUUCCAGGGAUGCAAAUGUUAAAUGGAAGCGUUCCUCAUGACAAUAAGACUGAAGAACUAAACCAACAGAUUACAUCAUAUAAGCGAUCUAACAAACAACUGGGGAAUCAAGUCAAUGAUCAACGUAAACAGAUUAUACAAUUACAAGAACGUUUAAAAAAAGAAGACAGUUCGUCACAGAAAUUAGUUGAGCAAAGAGCAUUAAAGGAACAGCUUGAAGUGCACAUUCAAACAAUAGGAAUAUUAGUGUCAGAGAAAAGUGAACUUCAAACUAAUGUAGCAAGUAUACAAAAGAAACUUUCAUCGAAAGAAAACGAAAUUUUAGAAAUUAAUAAUCAGUUAAAAACUUUACGGCAAUAUGUCUUGGAUUUAGAAAAGAAUAUAUCUCAGUAUAAAACUACAGAGGGACAAUGGAUACAGGCUAAUAAAGAUGUUGCCCUGGAAAGAGACAAAGCAAGUACCAAAUUAUAUGAAGUCAAUCAUGAAAAAGAAGACCUUCAACUACAAAACUCUGAACUGCAUUCUAAGCUACAAAUGAAAGUAGAGGAGUGUACAUUACUGUUAAGUCAAGUCAAUGAACUACACACCAAACUACAGAAGGGAGACUUGAUGGUUCAACAGCUUUCUGCAAAUGGUGUUGAUCCAGUUGCUGUAACAAAAUGGCACACGGAAAAAGAGGAAUUGACAGGGCUCCUAAAUGAGCAAAAAGACAUUGUUCAGAGAUUGGUUUCAGACAAAGCAGAAUUACUGGAGAAACAAAACGAUGUCCAAAGUCAUUAUGAUGUUCAGAUUGAGCAGUUAAAAAACAAGAUAAAUUCCCUUGAAGGUGAAAAUUUAUCACUGAUAGAAAAAGCAAAUGCAUUGACAGAAAAUCUUGAAAUCAUUCAAAAGCAAUUAGACUUAAAAGCAGAUUAUGUUCCUCCACAAGUUGAAGUACCAACAGAACAAAACACUGUGCAAAACGAGGAACACGAAAAGGUCAAGAAGGAGAAACUAUCUUUGGAGAAGGAAUUAGAUAUUCAAAUUAAUGAAAACAGAAGACUAGGACGCGUUGUUUUUGAGCAAAAUGUCAAAAUUGAAGAAUUGGAAUCUAGCAUAGGACGCCUAAAUGCAGAAAAAACGGACAAGUUGUCAUUGUUGGAUCAAAUACAGGCAGACAAAGAAACUAUUAGCAGGGCAUUGCAGCAAAAUAAAAGUUUAAAGGAACAAUUAGAGGAACUUGAACAAGGUUUUGUUAAAAUGUCGAACAGUAGUGCUGAUUUAACCGAUAAGUUGGAUGCUGAGCAGCGUGGUAAUAAAGAUGUCGCUACGAAAUUAAGUGAUGUGCAAGUUGAACUAGAAGAGACUAAGAUUAAGCUGAACGACAAAAGUAAGACCUGUGAGAAUUUAGAUAAAGAACUGCAAAGAUUUAAAACAGAAGUACAUCAUGUUCAAAUGAAGUUAGCAGAAAAAGAAAUGGACAUUGAUUUGUUAAGUACAGAGUUGGAAACUGUCAAAAACGAUUUAUCUCAUGCAUCUUCUGGUGAAUCAAGCCGACAUUCAAACCCAGUUUCAGAUAAUAUUAUGCAAGAAUUACACUCAGCUCAUAAUACCAUAAAUAAUCUUUCACAUGAGAAUUCAAAAUUAAAAGAAACCGUCGAAAGCUUACAGACAUCGCUACAAACUUCAACAGUUAAUCUGGAUGGUAGUCUUUACCCUGGGCGACAAAUCGACAGCAAGCACUUCUCGCAGUCACCACCACCUAACCACAAUGUUGAGGAAGGUGAAGAAGAAGUAGAGGAAGAAGAAGAGAGUUUGACGGACGAAGAACUUCACGCCAGAAGUUGGGAAGAGUUAGAUGAUGACUCGGAUGAGAUGAGUGAAAGUGUUGCAUUAAGAAUUACUGAAGCUGAAGUGAACGAAAUGCAGUACAGUUUAAAACAGCUGCAAGAAGAACGCUCCAAAAUCUUAUUUCUGCUUCAAGAAGAACGCGAGAAAGUGGUAGUUGCAACCGAUAGGAUGGAAGAACAUCUGGAGUUGCAGGUACAACAACAACUGAAACAACGCGAGCGAGAACUGCAGGAGCAUUUCUAUGAACAAACAGAAGCUCUGCAACACAAGGUGCAGUCGUUGCAGGAAGCGUUGGAAGUGAUGAGGAAGAAUGAAGACAUUGCUGAUUUUGAUAUGACCAGUGAUGGUAUCACAAUGCCCUUACUUAAAACUGCAUUUAUGCAACUACAGAAACGUUACAAAGAUGCCAUGGAUGGCAAGGCGCAACUUUCCGAUCGUAUCGACCAAUUAGAACAUGUGAACAUGCAGCUUGAAAACGAAACUGAAACCAUAGGCGAAUACAUUGCACUCUAUCAAACUCAAAGACAAGCGUUGAAAGCUAAAUUCUCAGAAAAAGACCAAAUUAUUACCCAGCUGUCGAACGAACAUGGACGUAUGCAGACGAAGGUGGCGCAACUUCAUCAACUUGUUAUGCAAAUGUUAUCCGAAAGGUCUGGGUUCGAAAGUAAAAACAAGCAGCUACAAGAACUAGUAAACCGUAGGUUGGCCUUUCAAACUGGAGAAUCCAGUGAAGAAGAAGUACCUAAACUACAGUACAAUUUAGAUAACUUGUUCGGACAAAUGACUCUUACUCCUGAUGAGGAGAAUGAGCUCGUUAAAGACAAUAUUACGGUUGCCGAAGAUAUACGAAACGAUACUUCAAACGACCAAACAACACAGCAGAUUCUUCAAAUAUUUGAGCAGCUUGAAACGACGGGUGAAGGUUAUCAACACGGCUGGCUGUCUCCCGCGGCUAGGAAACAUGACUUUAAGCCGUGCAAAAAUUGCAGCUCCACUGCGUUGUAUCUAUAAAGCACGUUCGCGUUUGUAAUGAUUUUUUCGUGGAAUUUUCUAAAUUAUUGUUGUACUAUUUCGUAACUAAAAUGUAUUGUUGUUAAAUAGUAGGAAGGCAUGGCUCCGAACGUUUUUUUCUUAAAGAUUAUGCUAUCAUAAGUCUAGUACACAUGUACAUACUUUCUUCAAACUGAGAAUAUCAUCGCGUUGUUGUGUUAUGCAUUGUUGAGCUUGUGAAUGCAAUUCACGAAAAAACGUCUCUCACUAAAGUAUUACAGGGUGUUCACUUUGUCAACAUUUUCAGGAAUUUCAGCAAUUUCUUUGUAUGUCAGAAAAAUGUCAGCAAUUCUCUUUUUUAAAUAUAUAUCUUUACAAGUAUCAAGAUUGGGUCCCAAAAACUGGAAAUGUCAAGAAUUUUAGUCAAAAAAUAUAAAGAAAAAUAAGUAGUUAAUAUUGAGUGGGCACCCUUUAAUGGACACCCUAUGUUUUUGUUAACUCAUUUUUUUUUAUGUUUAUUAGCAUAUAAAUAAUUCUGGACGUAAAUUUAUUGGACGUGGAUUUGUAAUUUAUAACUCGACGUUUAGAAUACGACACAUAAUACGGUAGGCAUGACAAAAAAGAAGUCUCGUAGGAAGUUUUCUCCUGCAUAAUAUCGCCUUCUGAUGCGAAGCAGAGAAGCAGAAAGUUCGGAUUGGAUAAAGAAAAGGCUCUUCUGUUUUUCCCAUACGCGUCGGAUUUUUUUUAUUUUUUUUCACAUUGGAUAAAGUAUAUUUUGAAUAAAUUUACAAAUUGUACAAAUUUUCUGUUGCUUUCAUGGCUUUGGAAUUAAAUACAUCAUGGAGAUA